AAUAACAAGUGUAAAGUGUUGAAAUGUAGAAAUUUAACAAACUAUCACCUGUUCUUGAAGAAUCAGCUCUGCAUGUUUACAGUUAAGCUUUUGUAAAUAGACAAAUAAACUGGAAAAUUGUCUUAAUAAUGAUUGCAUCUUUCAUGGAUAGAAGUGACCCCCAGCAUAUUUCUCCACCAGGGGUCAGUUACGGUCACCCGGAAGGAAGUAUGAUCCAGAACCAACAAUAUAAUUAUUACAAUACUCAAGCAAAUGGGUAUACGGGUGCAUAUUCUAAUGUUAACAAUAUAAAUUCCAGGGACUUGUUUUUAAGGCGUUCUGAAUUUGGAUUGCAUGGAUCCAUGAAUGAUACCAAUAUUCCAUCUCGGACGUCCGGAAUGCUAUUUCAUUCCUCUUCUGGAUAUCCCUCCCAUCAUCAUCACCAAGAUGUUAGCACACACGUUUUACUUCAGGGUCUUCACGAAGCUUCACCUUACCACAGCUCACGCCAAAAUGUGCCUCCACAAUCUGGAUAUUUUAAUAUUCCUGGACAUACAAGUGACAUGUAUUCCCGUGGUGAUCAGCUUGGAUACAAUUCAUUACCUCGUUCAGAGCAGUAUCAUGAUCAUUCGCAACAAUCUUUCCUUAAUCACAUGAACAUGUUUCCGAAUGGAUCGUCGUCCUUUUUUCGAUACAUUAGACCUCCUAUAAAGCAAGAACGCACGUGCUUAUGGAUUGACCAAGACCAACAAGAACCAAAAAAGGCAUGCAAUAAAGUAUUUUACACGAUGCAUGAAAUUGUGAACCAUAUAACUAUAGAGCAUGUUGGAGGACCGGAGCAGACGUGUCAUACCUGUUUCUGGCAAGAAUGUCCGCGAGAAGGACGACCUUUUAAAGCAAAAUAUAAACUGGUCAAUCAUAUUAGAGUUCAUACCGGAGAAAAGCCAUUUCCGUGUCCGUUUCCGGGAUGUGGAAAAGUUUUUGCCAGGUCUGAAAAUCUCAAGAUCCAUAAACGAAUACAUACGGGUGAAAAACCCUUCAAAUGUGAAUUCGAGGGAUGCGAUAGACGAUUUGCUAAUAGUUCUGAUAGAAAGAAGCAUUCUCACGUUCAUACCAGUGAUAAACCAUACUACUGUCGAGUACGCGGUUGUGAUAAAAGUUAUACACACCCAAGCUCUCUUCGGAAGCACAUGAAAAUUCAUGGAGAAAUUACACCUUCAAUGGAAAAAGAUGCAGAAGAAAUGGCAGCCUGUGGUGCAGGAGAAUCACAAACAAUAUCUCCAGCAAAAAGUAAAUCUAACUGGAAUUCACCAACAGUGCAAAAAACGGUGGAUAAGAAACCAGACGUUUCAAAUCUACCACUAGUCAAUUCGGAACCACCGUCAUCAGCGCCGGAAAUUCAAAAAUUAAAUGACUGGUUUGUGUGUCAUUCAAGGUCAACUAUACCGCCAUCUGUAGUUAAUAAAGAACAUCAGAAUAUGGGUUCAGUGCCAUCCCUACCAAGUGCUCCACCUUUACCGUCCGUACCUACGUUACCAUCGUUUCAUCACAUGCCUAUUAUGCAAUAUUCAUAACAUGCAAAGACAAGGAUAAUGACCUAGUCACAUAUCACAGAUGAUUUAUAAAAAUAAUUCUGUACACAGAUUUAUUUAUUAUUAUUAUUAUUAUAAUUAUAUUGAUACAAUA